GAGGAAGGAAGCUGAGGGCUGGGUGUGUGUGUGUGUGUUGUUUUUGACUGGGCUCCGGCGGCGCUGGCCAGGGCCCGGGCUCCAGCCUCCAGCGCCUUGACAGGGAGGACUUCUCCACCCAGGUGACCUCCUCCUCCCUCAGCUCCCCCACAGGGCGCGGCUCCAUGGCUGCCCCCUCGCUGCACCCCUCCCUGGGGCCCGGCAUCGGCUCCUCGCUCGGCGCACCGGGGCAGCUGCACUCGCCCAUCAGCACCCUGAGCUCCCCCAUCAAUGGCAUGGGCCCGCCCUUCUCCGUCAUCAGCUCCCCCAUGGGCCCCCACUCCAUGUCGGUGCCCACCACACCCACCCUGGGUUUCGGCACCGGGAGCCCGCAGCUCAGCUCCCCCAUGAACCCCGUCAGCAGCAGCGAGGACAUAAAGCCCCCGCUGGGCCUCAACGGUGUCCUCAAAGUCCCGGCCCACCCCUCAGGGAACAUGGCGUCCUUCACCAAGCACAUCUGUGCCAUCUGCGGGGACCGCUCCUCAGGCAAGCACUACGGGGUGUACAGCUGCGAGGGCUGCAAGGGCUUCUUCAAGCGGACGGUGCGCAAGGACCUGAGCUACACCUGCCGGGACAACAAGGACUGCCUGAUCGACAAGCGGCAGCGCAACCGCUGCCAGUACUGCCGCUACCAGAAGUGCCUGGCCAUGGGCAUGAAGCGGGAAGCCGUGCAGGAGGAGCGGCAGCGGGGCAAGGACCGGGGGGAGAACGAGGUGGAGUCCACGAGCAGCGCCAAUGAGGACAUGCCGGUGGAGAAGAUCCUGGAGGCCGAGCUGGCCGUGGAGCCCAAGACCGAGACGUACGUGGAGGCGAAUGUGGGGCUGAACCCCAGCUCGCCCAACGACCCCGUCACCAACAUUUGCCAAGCGGCGGACAAGCAGCUGUUCACCUUGGUGGAGUGGGCCAAGCGGAUCCCGCACUUCUCCGAGCUGCCCCUGGACGACCAGGUCAUCCUGCUGAGGGCAGGCUGGAACGAGCUGCUCAUCGCGUCCUUCUCCCACCGCUCCAUAGCCGUGAAGGACGGCAUCCUCCUGGCCACCGGGCUGCACGUCCACCGCAACAGCGCCCACAGCGCGGGCGUGGGCGCCAUCUUUGACAGGGUGCUGACGGAGCUUGUGUCCAAGAUGCGGGACAUGCAGAUGGACAAGACGGAGCUGGGCUGCCUGCGCGCCAUCGUCCUCUUCAACCCCGACUCCAAGGGGCUCUCGAACCCGGCCGAGGUGGAGGCGCUCCGUGAGAAGGUCUACGCGUCCCUGGAGGCGUACUGCAAACACAAGUACCCGGAGCAGCCAGGAAGGUUUGCCAAGCUCCUGCUGCGCCUGCCAGCCCUGCGCUCCAUUGGCCUCAAGUGCCUGGAACAUCUCUUCUUCUUCAAACUCAUUGGGGACACGCCCAUCGACACCUUCCUCAUGGAGAUGCUGGAAGCCCCGCACCAAAUGACUUAGGCCUGCUGGCCGUCCUUCGCGCCCACUGGUCCGGCCGCCCCGCCUGGCUGCCAGCUGCCCUUCCCGGCCGAGCCCCGUCCCACCCCUUCUCCGCCUGGCUGUUGGCCUCCGGGGCGCGGCCUGCCACCGCAAAGCCUCAGAGACGUGCUGCAUCCUCCUUGUUCUCAGUACUCCUCAUCCGCACCGGGGCAGCAGCCGGAGUGGCAGGAGCUGGCGUGAGCCCAGCCAGGCCCGCCAGGCUGUCCCCCGGGAGCCUGGGCGGCUCGCGGGGUCUCAGGCCCUCGCCACUGGAGCUGCGGCGGUCGGAGGGCAGCUCUGUUCGGUCACAGUCAGUUGUUGCUGGUUUUGGAAAUCUCCCAUGCGAGGUCCUCUGGAGUGAGCCCUACUGUGUGUGCUGGUGUCGGCCCCACCACGACUGGGAGAAGGGAACAGGUGGCAAGGGGACGGGGCGGGGGGCUGGUGUUUCAUUGCAGAAGACCCCACCUGCCCCCCGGGAAGACAAGAGGGCUCGGGGCAGGCAGCCUUGCCUUCUGUCAGCGUGAAGGGUGAGCAGCCCCUUUUUCCAAAGAUGACUUUUGACUUUGCCCCUGAGCCAGCCAGAACGGGAGCUGACCUCUGUGCGGGGUUUUGGGGCUGCCUCAAGGCUGCAGGCAGGGGUCAUCCACCUGCCCCAACUCAGUUUUCUCUUUGCAUCAUCCUGGUUUCAGCUUCUUCCCCAGUGUGCUCCUGUCCAGCCAGGGUAACCAGACCGCAGUGCCCUGGCCCCUCCCCAACCCUGGACCUGUCAGUCUGUGCGGAGGGCAGGCCCGGUCUCUGGCUUCCUGGAAGCAGCAGGGGCCCAUCCCAGUGUGGGCUCUGCUCACCUCUCAAGGGCAGAGGUCACCACCCAGGAGGCCUGCGGGCAUGUGGCGGGAGGAGGGUCACUCCCCAGAGGGUCUUUGGUCAGCCCUGCACAGGGAGGAGGCGGGCGGCGUGGGCACGGGGCCAGGUGGCGGAGGGGUGGGCCACAUUCUGGAGCUUUCUGGGUAGAGAGUCCCCUUUGCUGGCUGCUCUGUCCUGAGGAGUCUUGGAAUCAGGUGCCAGCAUUCUCAGGCCGGGGCUGGACACCCCUUGGGGACGGCCAGCCCUGCGGUCGUCUUGUCGGGGUGACGGAGCCCUGUCUGGGGGCCCCAUCGACCGCCCCACGCAGCCCUGCGCCCCCCCCCCCCCGCACGUUUCUCCCCCGCAGGCAGGCUCUCUGCCCCGGGGCGGGGCGGGCCGCUCUCAGGUGGAACCAGCCUCCUUUGCACUGUAAGCCCUCCCUCUGGUCUGAGUACUUCGCAUUUUCACGCCUCACUCCCUGUGAGCAGGGCCUUUGUCAGAAGUGGGGGCCUGAGCUGGGUUGGCAGGGUGGGGUCCCGUCUUAGCCCCCCAGGGGAUGCUCUGUCACACCUGUCUUCCCUCCUGCUGCCCCCAACCAGGAGCCUGGGAACAGGGCUGGAGGGUGGGGUUGGAGCUGCCUGCCCCCAGGUCUGUCUCCCCAGGUGGUGCGGGGGUGCCCCUGGCGGGGCCUUACUGGCCCCAGGCCUCCAUGGGAAAGGAAGUGUCCAUUCUUUUCCUUCCAGAGUCUGGCCCCAGCUGAGCCUGGGGCACCGUGGCAGAAGGUACGGGGGAUACCGCAAACACCUCCUUCCUCUGGCACCCCGCCCUAAUGGGCAGGAGAGGCGGUGGCUGCCACACGGGGAGUCCCCGUCCACCAUUUGAGGCAGAGAUGGGUGUGCCGGGGCCUGCCCAUUGUCCCUCCUCCCAAACUGCCCCCGGACGUCUCGGCAGCCCUUGGGGGCGUGGUUGUAUCAGGCAGAGUGAUGCAGGCACCCUCAGGGGUCCCCCUGCUUGUGGGAACGUUGGGCUGCCCCACCUCCGACACCCCUGGUGCCUUCUGCAGCCAUACGCACGCCCAGCCCCCCACCCCGCUUCCCUGGGCCCCUCAGGAACAGGACCGUGGUGGCUCCAAUGGAGAAACCCAGGGUGGGGCCCUCUAGGUGGAGGUCGGCCUCCGGCUGGCUGCCAGCAAAGCACUGAGGCCCCCGGGACAGCCCCUCCCACAGCCAGAGCUCCCAGCCCCGCCGGCCACUCGGCGUCUUGGGCUCCUGGGGCCGCCCUUUCCUCCCUCAUCAGCCCGCUGUCACCCUUGCUGUCCCAGCAGUGCUGUUGGAGAGGUGCUGUGAGGAGGCCACACGCUACUCGGUAGAGGCAGUGUUUCUACUUAACCAGACCUGCAGUAGUGUCACCAAUCUGGUUCAGUUACGGUGAUUUUUUUGUAAUUAUUAUUAUUUUUAUUAUUGUUUUGGUGGGACAAUCUUUAAUUUUCUAAAGAUAGCACUAACAUCAGCGUGCUAGCCGUCCUGUGCCCGUCCCGCCUUGCCUGCCGGCGUCACCUCCCGCGUUGACAUCAGACGGGGCUCCCGCAGCUGCAGAGCGAAGAUGACCGCGUCCUGGGGGGGAAGGUGUCGGCUGAGCCAGGCUCGGGCUCAUCCCGCGUCAGGGAUCUCCUGGGAAGCUGGCCUGCCUGGGGGCGGCCACCGAGAGGCUCCCGUGUCCGAGAUGGCCCUCGUCGCCUGGGGGAAGACAGCUCCACGCCCUCGGCUUUCCAAGUCUCGGAGUCCCCAGAGGAUUCAGGCUGUCAGGCCGGUAGCAAGAGCUGGAGACCACGCCGGAGCCGCCUUCUCCGCGGGGCUCCCGGGAGGGCCUGGCUGGGGCACGCGGCCGGUGUCAUCAGCUGAUGUUGUCCCCAUCACGGAAUGACGGCACGUGGCCUGUCCCUGCCCACGCAGGUGUGUGGCGUGAAGCGUGUGUGCUACACAGGGAGCCUGUGUGCACAGACCCGCACAGCAUCCACACAGUACACGCCGAGCAGUUUCCAGCGUUUCUGUGUUCAUUUUUAAUUAAGAUUUUCCCCCUUUUUCCUAUAAAUUUGCUUAAUGUAAGCAAGUACAUAAGGACCCUUCCUUUGGUGAAAUCCGGGUUUGAAUGAAUAUCUCAAAGCAAGGACGUGCAUCUAUUUUAAGAUGCUUUGGAGCAAGCAGCUUUAGCAGUUCCCAGCCCUUAGCAGCGCCUUAGCCGGGACGCGUAGCUCACACUCUAGAGAGGAGGCCAGACAGAGAAGAGAGGUGUGUAAAGCAUCGGGAAAGGUAGAAAAAAAAAUCUAUUUUUGUACAAAUGUAAUUUUAUCCCUCAUGUGUACUUGGAGGGUGUGGCGGGGGGGCUUGUUUUGUUUCUGCUGUUAGAGAUGGAGGUGGAAGCUUUCUCCGCGGGUGUCUCGACAGGAGACGCAGCAGAGAAAGGGGCUCCUGGGACGCAGGCUUCGUAUGAAACCUCUGCGCAUGGGUCUUCUCCCGCUGGGGCAGGAGGGUGGGCCUGAAGCUUUCAAGGGUUUUCCUCCCCUUUCGAGUAAUUUUUAAGCUUCUCUCUGUUCUGUCCCUGUUGCCAGCUGGCCUUCCCGCAACUCUGACUGUGAAAUUACUUCCCUACGUGAUUGUUCUCAAAACAUCGCGGCCGCAGGUGCCGGGGAUUGACGAACAAUGGUGUUAGAAUUGUGGAAAAGAGAAACGCAGAGAAAAACGUGAGAGGAUAAACAAGCAAAACACGAGCGUUUAAAAAUA